AUCUGGCAACCCUGACGUGACCGGCUCUCACGCGCAAACAUGGCGGACGAUAAGGACCCCUUUAGGCAGCUGAAGGAUCUGACCCUGCUGAAAGGCCAGCUGGAGGACAUUCGGCGACGUUUGGAGGGUGAGGUUCAGGAUGGAGUCCCCCAGGGUGGAAGUCUUCUGGGCUCUCCGUUCCUCAAGGGCUUCCUGGCUGGAUAUGUCGUAGCGAAGCUGCGUUCGUCGGCCAUCUUAGGCAUGCUUGUGGGAACCUGCACGGGUAUCUACGCUGCACAGCGAUAUAACGUUCCCAACGUCGAGCAGACCGUCAAGGGUUAUUUAAACUCUUUUAGGAAAAACAAAUAGUGCCACAGAUGCUGCUCGGGAAGAUUCAUCAGCAAGUUUAAACGAAACGUACACUUUAAGCUUGAAGGUUUUUUUUUUUUUUCUUUCUUUUUCUUUUUUAAAGAGAUGUAACACAGGACUUGUAAGUGUAGAGCUGGGGUCAGGUUCUGCACGUUCGCUGAUAUUUAAGAUGGUGAGCUAAACAUUAUAAUACUUAACUGCCUACCUUUUUUUUUUUUUUAACAUUCCUCUGUUGAAGUUUGCACUGCAGUCUGGUUGAAUUAUUCACAUCAUCUCAAGUGUCGCCAGUGUCUAAUUACACAGUCGGCACUGAUUCGAGGCUCUUGGUGUAGCAGACAGGGUGAUGACCAGACACGUAAGCACUGCGCACAAGCGUUGCUGCAUUUCUGAUGCUGGAACACAUUUGCACGUUAUUCAUGCUGGUUUGAUGUGUUGUAUUAAAUGAGGGAGAACGAAGUUUUAUGCAUAAAAAAUAUCAAGCUUUGAAUCAUUUGACUGCUAUGCAGUUGGAUUACAAUUGCUGACAAAUAGUAAUUCUGUGCUAAAAUAGUGUUACGAAUCCAAGUGCCAUUGUCUUUCAUCUCUUAUUGCCAAAGACCAAAUGUAAUCAUUCACUCUUAAUGCUUAAAUGUGGUGUUCUGUAUGCCGGUUAAGAAAAAGAAAAACUUUCCUUGCAUAUCAUUUCUGUUACAUGGUGGUGGUGUAAAAUUAUGAUGAUAACUUUUAGCAGUAAAUUUUUUUUAGUCGUUUCUUGAAUUGUUCACUUUAUGCGCAGCUCUUUGGAAAAAGUUAGUUACUUGCACUGCGCCUCUUAAAAUCUGUGGGAUUUCAGAUAAAUAAAUGAAAAACAAAUGCCUAAAGUUGUUAUUAUCUGGGAUGUCUGAUGUUUUGUCAUUGACAAGCAGCUUAAAACUAGGCAUUUCAAAGCCUUCUUGGAAAUAAAAAUAAAAAGGAAAAAUGUUAAGUUUAUGUAUGCUUCCAGAUUCCUGGUCAGCCAGAAACAUUAAAAGCACUG